AUGCUUCCAACAGCGCUUCCUAGACCAAAGUCUAGGGCCAUGCCCAUCUGGAAAUUGAAAGAACAUAUCGAUAAGGAGCUCAUUUGUUUGAAUGCACCUUAUCAAAGAGAAGUUGUUUGGGACAUUGGCAAAAUGCGUGCUCUGAUCGAUUCUCUCUUGAACAAUUAUCAUGUGCCUCCUCUGCUAUUUGCUAUACGUCAAAUUAAAAGUAAGAAAGUACGUGUAUGUAUUGAUGGAAAACAGAGACUAACGUCUAUAUAUAAAUUCAUGACCAAUGAGAUUCCAUAUAUUGAUUAUUCUUCAGGCGAACCAGUGGAGUAUUACUUUGGUCCUUCUCCUGUUGAAAAUGCGAAUUUGGAAGCUAUGAGGCGUACACAGCAUAAUACUGAAAGAAGAUACUUCAGUAGAGAGAUUAUUGAACAAUUUAAUGCUCAUGAAAUCGUAUGUGCUGAAUAUACAGAUUUGAACGAAGACGACGAAUACAAGAUUUUCCUUAGGAUCCAACUAGGUGUCUCUUUGACCACAGCUGAGAAAUUGCGUGCCAACAAUACACCCAUAGCCAAGGUGUGCAACGCAUUAACUGCAGAAUAUACCCAAUUAGAGGAAGUCUUGCCUAAACGCGGAUCAGCAAACGUAUUUCAGACUAUUGCUCAGAUCUUGUGUGUUCUUAAGUCUGGCAGGAACGGAUUUAAAGCGCCACCACUUCAGCUACAGACUUUUAUUAGCAGCUCUGAAGCCAUUCCUCAGGAAAUGGUUGACGCCACAGGCCAAGUUCUUCGCAAACUCAUCAAUAUCAUUCAAAAGCCAAGCUGUGUAGCUGCAUUCCUGAAACACCCUACUGAUGGAUCAAAGUGUAUAUGGAAGCGCAUUGAAUUAUUAUGCUUUUCGAUCUAUCUUUAUAAAUGCAACAAAACCCGUUCUACUGAAAUGCUCGCGGAAGAUUGCAGGCAGAUGAGAGCAUACUUGCACCAAAGAACUCAUCAUAUGUACGCUGGGAAUGAAAAUCUGCAGAUUGGUUUAGAGUGGAUCGAAGCUAAAGUACGAGAAAAUGAACUUGAAGAACUUGACGAGCUCUCAGACGAACAUUAUGAAUUGUAUGAAUCAGAUAAUAAUGCUGUUGAAGCGCCAGUAUCAAAAAGAGUUAAAAGGGUUGUGCCAGCACUUGCAAGAAGAGGUGGAAAGUCAAGUGGAAGAGGACGCAGAUAA